AUGGUGGCUCUGAGGUGCAUAUCGGCACUGGUGCUAGUGUCGCUAUCGGCUUCCCUUCUGACCCCGCCAGCGGUUGUUUUUGCCCUGCCUCCGCAACAUGGGGACACAACCGACACAGACAGCUUUGUAGAAUAUGAAGAGGAAACAGAGAUAUUCGAACCACUGAAUGCGCUGGGUACCAUGUCCAAGAGUGACCGGGUACCCCAACAGCUUUCCGGCAUCGAUGAGGUAACAAAGAUGUACAGCGUCAAUGGGGACCUUCGGCAUACCGACAACAAGGUUAUUACACCAAAUCUGCUGGAACAUGCGGAUAGAGCAAUGCUUUAUGUCACCCGAGUGUACAACCGUAUGGAAAAAUACAACCACAUGUUCGCUGGCAAACGUGAAGAGUUGGACAUAACGGUGGAACGUUACACACGAAUGCUCACACUUAUGAUCGAAGAUAAAAAGAAACUCAAGCAUCUGUCAUUUGUGCGCAGGUACCUGUUGCAUGUGACUCGUGUUAAGGCAGGUGUAGCAGCAUCGGGGGAGGCGAGGACAAAUAUUAUGCGUGAAGCCGGCGCCAUUUAUCAACGUGUGCAAGAGAGCUUUGGAACGAUAAAACUGGAUUUUGAGAGGUACUAUUCACUUCCAGGUGUAGUGAUAAAUGGCGCUGUAUCUUCUUUGAUUGGCAUCGGUGAGGCCUAUAAGAUGCUGGUAAAACUCCACGACCAGAUGUUCUCGGCUACGGAUGCAUUUCGCACAAGUCUAAACCACAUGCGCGCUUCUUCUGUUUACAUGUUCGCUUAUUUGCUAUGUCUGGAUAUUCUGUAUAAGGAGAUACUUCCACUGCGAAUGGUAGCGGUGCAAGACGUCAUAGUCACAAAGGGGAAAGGAGAGACCUUAAUCAGCUACCACACUAAUAUUGCUAACAAACGCGAAGCUAUCAACGCGCUGUUGAAAAACAGUACCUUAGAUGAGAAGACAUACCAUGAAAUUGAAAACAUAUACCGUCAGGUGUCAGAUCUGUAUGGACGAUCCAAAGCAAUCCACAGGCGUGCAAUUCGUCUACUAGAUGGCGUUGACAAGGUGGGCACUCGCACUUUAGAAAACGGAAUAUCGCGAGUUGUAAGUGCAUGGGAGAAGCAUUAUAAAAGUCCCGUUUUGAUGUGCACGAAGUUGACGGAAGAACAUAAAAAGUUAAACAAAAUUGCCAACAAUAUCAAAGAAGAGCAGAAUUUUGUCCACAGCAACAAACAAUCAUUGUAUACAAUGUCUACCCUAUGCAACGAGCUUUAUAGCCGUGCUCGUGAACUGGCACAUUUAGGUCAUGACGGCACCAGACCUGUUGGGAAUACUGGAUAUAAGCAUUUGUAUCCGUCUCUCCCUGCUCACAUACCACAUGCAGUUUCUUACAAUGACGAACCUCUAUAUGCAACACCUGUACACCCGCCGAUGACGACUUUGCCGCAAAACUUGUACGAAAAUAUAACACCUGAUGCCUAUACGCAAGGAACGGAUAAACCUGAUGUGCACGGAUUCAGAAACGCAAGAUAUCGCAAUGUGCCUCCAAGGAUUGGUAGCUCAAACAGCGAAGAAUCGAAUGUAAACCAAAGCCAAAAAAGAAAGCGACACCAGGGUAACGACAGUGAUGACCUAUAUGACGAGCCUAAAAAGCUACGCAGUGACUAUUCUACACGACCGGAUGAUUCUACAGGCAGUGGGUAUUCUAUAAGUGCUGACGGCAUAGACAGCGGCAGUGAUAAGUCCCAGCCAGUGUAUGAUUAUCCUGCCCCCUACCGAGGUCCGUAUCUGCCUAGCUCAGACAAAUCGUCGCAAACGCCACAGUCUUCAACGCAGCCGAAGGCUACUAACACCGAUCCAUAUGAUGCAGAAGCACAUACGGCGUCGCGUGGGAGUAGUACCGGCAAAGAGGAAUCUCCGUUGGGUGUGGGUGAAAGGACAAUGCACGAUGCCUCAAGCUCAACCGAACAUUACGUCCAUUCACCUCACCAAGCGAAACGUGAAGGAGGCGAAUAUGGCGACAAUAUUAGAUUCGAUCUUUCUACUGUGCUUGCGAAACUCAGGGAAGCAAAAAACAACGUGAUAUUCUACCGCGACGUGAUACUGUUUUUGCAACGGCAAGCCGAUUCCGUCCCUGGUGCACGUGAGGCGAGACUCAUCAUCACUGAGUUAUAUAAAUUGCACAUUUUGCACCGCGCUUUCGUAGAGGAAGCCUCUGAACGAUGA